AUGACGGACCAGCAGCGUGAUGUGUCGCAGUACAAGUACUCGGCGAUGUCCAACCUGGUUCUCCAGGCGGACCGUCGAUUUGUUACUCGGCGCAAUGAUGAAGUUACAGGAGACCCGGAGUCACUUGCGGGGCACCUGAGCAUCCGCGACAUGGGAUCUCGUAACGCUCGCGACGAUGCCCCGAAGCAGAAGAAAAAAGCUUCUGGGCUCCCAGAUUUAGAGAGGGGCGGUCUUCGGGAAGGGCAGGAAGUACUGGAACGAGAACAACGAAAACGAAAGCGUGGAGAACCAGCACAACUUCGAGGGACUGGGAUUUUGUCUGCAGCGGAUGCGUUGGUGGAAGGUAUCGUGUAUCGACCGAGGACAUCAGCCACACGAGCAACGUACGACCUGAUUCUGACGACUGUUGCAAACAACCUUGGGGACGUUUCGCAUGAGAUUGUGCGAAGCGCUGCAGAUGCUGUUCUAGAGUUCUUGAAGGACGAUGACAUGAAGGAUUUUGACAAGAAGAAGGAGAUUGAUGACUUGCUGGGUGCGACAAUGACCCCCAAACAAUUUAACGAACUGGUGAAUCUGGGGAAGAAAAUUACCGACUAUGAAGCACAGGAUGAAGACGAAGUUAUGGCAGAUGGAGAAAAUGGUGCGGAGGAUGGAGCCGAAAUUGACGAUCGCCAAGGGGUGGCCGUUGUGUUUGACGACAACUCCGAGGAUGAAGAUGGUGCCGAGAUGGUCGACGAGAUUCGAGACGAGUCCUCCGAAGACGAAGCCGACAUGGAGGAACGUCCAGGAGCCGAGGAAGCUUCAACUGCUGGUGGCGCCGGAGAAGAUAGAGAAACAGGCGCAGAAGAACUACCUGAAGAAGAGGCUAUAAUUAUAGAUUCUGGCCCAGCUAACGGUGGAGCGGGGAAGGAGAAAGAGAAAAACUUCAUACCUGCUCGAGACAUAGAUGCGUACUGGCUCCAGAGGCAAAUUGGCACAAUUUAUUCCGACGCACAUAUUCAACAAGUCAAGACCCAACAAGCUCUGCAUACGCUUUCAGGAGCUCCCGAGGAGGAAGGUGGCGAAGAGAAGCCACUGAGAGAAAUUGAGAACGACCUGGCGGAGCUCUUCGAUUAUGAGAACCAUGAGCUUGUUCAUAAGCUCAUCUCAAAUCGAGAUAAAGUUGUUUGGCUCACUCGAUUAGCUCGAGCCGAGGAUGACGAAGCGCGCGGUGUUGUUGAACGAGAAAUUGCUGCUGAGGGUUUACGAUGGAUCUUAGAUGAAUUAAGAGGUGUGACUUCUUCCGGGGAUGGAUCAAAGAAACGCAAACUAGAGAUCAAGAUGGACCUCGACGUGCCCGAUUCUUACACAAAUGCUUCUUCUAAAGCAGAGAAUGAAGGUGACGGUGGCCUUGUUGGUGGUCUGCAACCCAAGAAACUCAUCAAUCUCGAGAAUCUUGUCUUUGACCAAGGAAACCACCUGAUGACCAACCCAAAGGUCAAGCUUCCGGAGGGAUCGACGAAGCGUACAUUCAAGGGUUAUGAGGAGAUUCAUGUCCCAGCUCCAAAGAAGCGCAAUGAGCCAACUGAUCGUGAUAUACCCGUCACGGAGAUGCCAGAGUGGGCUAGGGUGCCUUUCGGCUCAACGGCGAAGCUCAACAAGAUACAAUCCAAAUGCUUUCCAGAGGCAUUCAAUGAUGAUGGCAAUAUGCUCAUUUGUGCCCCCACUGGUAGUGGAAAGACCAAUGUCGGCAUGUUGACUAUCCUUCGUGAGAUUGGGAAGAAUCGAAACCCCGAGACUGGGGAAAUCCACCUGGAUGCGUUCAAGAUUGUCUACAUUGCACCCCUCAAGGCGCUGGUCCAGGAACAGGUUGGAAAUUUUGGUGGCCGCCUGAAGGAAUAUGGAAUUCAAGUCUCCGAAUUGACUGGUGAUCGACAACUCACAAAGCAGCAAAUAGCUGAUACCCAAAUUAUUGUAACAACACCUGAAAAAUGGGAUGUUAUUACACGAAAGGCAACAGAUCUCAGCUAUACAAAUCUGGUGCGCCUCAUUAUCAUUGAUGAAAUCCAUCUUUUGCACGAUGACCGUGGACCUGUUCUAGAAAGCAUUGUUAGUCGGACUAUUCGAAAGAUGGAGCAAACAGGAGAUCCUGUUCGCCUUGUUGGACUUUCAGCUACACUUCCCAACUACCGAGAUGUCGCAAGCUUUCUCCGAGUUGAUCCAACGAAAGGAAUGUUCCAUUUUGACGGAUCCUUCCGGCCCUGCCCACUUCGCCAAGAGUUCGUUGGUAUCACUGAGAAGAAAGCUAUCAAGCAGUUGAAGACAAUGAACGACGUCACUUAUACAAAAGUACUUGAGCAUGUCGGAACCAACCGCAAUCAAAUGAUCAUAUUCGUCCACUCGCGCAAAGAAACAUCCAAGACUGCCAGGUAUAUUCGAGACAAGGCUUUAGAGAUGGAGACUAUUGGUCAAAUCCUCAAGAGUGAUGCUGGUAGCAGAGAGAUCCUUAGUAGCGAGGCCGAAGCUGUCAACGACCGAGAGUUGAAGGAUCUACUUCCUUACGGAUUUGGUAUUCAUCAUGCAGGCAUGACCAGAACAGAUCGAACUUCGGUCGAAGAUCUUUUCAGCUCUGGAGACAUACAAGUGCUAGUCUGUACUGCUACCUUGGCUUGGGGUGUGAACUUGCCAGCACAUACCGUCAUUAUCAAGGGCACACAAGUCUACUCACCAGAAAAGGGUAGUUGGGUUGAGCUAAGUCCGCAGGACGUGCUGCAAAUGCUUGGACGAGCCGGACGCCCACAAUAUGACACGUACGGAGAAGGUAUUAUCAUAACCACACAGACGGAAAUGCAAUAUUACCUAUCACUGCUAAACCAGCAACUUCCAAUUGAGAGUCAGUUCGUUAGCCGGUUAGCCGAUAAUCUCAAUGCUGAAGUUGUCCUUGGCAACGUUCGUAGUCGAGAUGAGGGUGUUGAAUGGCUUGGCUAUACAUAUCUCUUUGUUCGGAUGUUACGGUCGCCAGGCUUGUACAGUGUCGGGGCCGAUUACGAGGGAGACAGCGCCUUGGAACAGAAGCGGGUUGACCUGAUUCACUCUGCUGCCGUCGUGCUCGAGAAAUCUAAUCUCGUCAAAUAUGACAAGAAAACAGGCAAAUUGCAGGCAACCGAGCUUGGACGAAUUGCCUCACAUUACUACAUCACACAUAGCUCAAUGCUAACAUACAAUCACCACAUACAACCUUCGAUUACCCCAAUCGAACUGUUCCGUGUGUUCGCGUUGAGCGAGGAAUUUAAGUACAUACCCGUCCGUCAAGACGAGAAGUUGGAGCUCGCUAAAUUGUUGGGACGCGUGCCGAUUCCUGUCAAGGAAAGCAUUGAGGAGCCUCACGCGAAGAUCAAUGUGCUUCUCCAAGCCUUCAUAUCCCGUCUUCAAUUGGAGGGGCUCGCUUUGAUGUCCGACCUCGUUUAUGUUACCCAAUCAGCUGGUCGAAUUCUCCGCGCCAUUUUUGAAAUCACCCUCAAAAAGGGAUGGUCCUCCGUUGCAAAAACAGCGUUGGAGCUGUGUAAAAUGGCGGAAAAACGCAUGUGGCCAACUAUGACCCCAUUGCGUCAGUUUCCAUCUUGUCCGAGAGAGGUCGUUCAAAAGGCCGAAAGAAUCGAUGUCCCGUGGAUGAAUUACUUUGAUUUGGAUCCUCCAAGGAUGGGCGAGCUGCUAGGAAUACCAAGAGCUGGCAAGACUGUCUGCAGUCUAGUCGCCAAAUUCCCCAGAUUGGAGAUCCAAGCACAAGUACAGCCAAUGACAAGAUCAAUGCUGAGAGUCGAACUGACAAUAUCACCCAAAUUUGAAUGGGAUGACGAGAUUCAUGGCGCAGCGGAAAGCUUUUGGAUUAUUGCCGAGGACUGUGAUGGAGAGGACAUCUUGUUUCACGAUCAAUUCAUCUUACGAAAGGAUUUCGCUCAAGCAGAAAUGAAUGAGCAUAUAGUUGAGUUCACUGUACCCAUUACAGAGCCGAUGCCUCCGCAUUACUUUGUCUCUGUUAUAUCCGACAGAUGGAUGCAUUCUGAGACCAAGCUACCGGUCUCAUUUCAGAAGCUAAUUUUGCCGGAGAAGUUUCCGCCUCAUACACCUCUUCUUGAUCUCCAACCUCUUCCAGUUGCUGCUCUCAAGACCGAUGAUUUUAAGGCUUUAUAUCCCGAAUGGGAACGAUUCAACAAGAUACAAACGCAGACCUUUAACUCUCUGUACUCAACAGAUGAGAAUGUCUUCGUUGGCGCUCCAACAGGAAGUGGAAAGACGGUCUGCGCAGAAUUUGCCUUGCUUCAUCAUUGGUCGAAGCAUGAUGCAGGUCGAGCAGUCUAUAUUGCGCCAUUUCAGGAGCUGGUCGACCUCCGAUUACAGGAUUGGCAACAGAGAUUUUCUAAGCUUCGUGGAGGGAAAGAAAUUGUCAAAUUGACAGGUGAAACCACGGCCGACCUUAAGAUUCUUGACCGAGGUGACCUGAUUCUGGCUACACCAGCCCAAUGGGAUGUUUUAUCGCGACAGUGGCAACGACGAAAGAAUAUCCAGGCCAUCCAGUUGUUCAUUGCUGAUGAGUUACACAUGCUCGGUGGCCAGUCUGGGUUCAUUUAUGAGAUCGUUGUCUCCCGGAUGCAUUACAUUCGCUCCCAGACUGAGCAACCUCUACGCAUUGUCGGUCUCAGUGUCUCGCUCUCUAAUGCUCGAGACGUUGGCGAAUGGAUCGAUGCCAAGAAACACAACAUCUAUAACUUCAGCCCGCAUGUUCGUUCGGUGCCUUUGGAGCUCCAUAUUCAAUCGUUUACUAUUCCUCACUUCCCAUCUCUAAUGCUUGCUAUGGCCAAGCCGACCUACCAUUCCAUUCUCCAGAUGUCGCCAGACAAGCCUGCACUUGUAUUUGUACCCAACAGGAAGCAAGCACGAUCUACCACUCGAGAUCUACUAUCCGCUUGCGUUGCUAGCGAUGACGAAGACCGCUUCCUACAUGCCGAUGCUGCGCAGAUGGCGCCACUCCUUGAACGAAUAAGCGAGGAGGCAUUGGCGGAAUCAAUUUCGCACGGUAUUGGAUAUUAUCAUGAGGCCUUGACCACAAGUGAUAAGCGGAUUGUCAAGCACCUGUAUGACAAUGGAGCUAUCCAAGUCAUGGUAGCAUCUCGCGAUGUUUGUUGGGAAUUGGAUUGCACAGCUCAUCUUGUCAUCGUAAUGGGGACUCAAUACUAUGAGGGCCGGGAACACCGAUAUGUGGACUACCCAUUGAGCGAGGUCCUGCAGAUGUUUGGCAAAGCUUCACGUCCACUUGUAGACAAACUCAGCCGAGGAGUUUUGAUGGUACCAGCUGUCAAGCGCGAGUACUAUAAGAAAUUCUUGAAUGAAGCUCUGCCAAUUGAAAGUCAUCUUCAGGUCUACUUACACGAUGCAUUUGUAUCGGAGAUCAGCACCAAAAUGAUCGAGUCUGCUGAUGAUGCAAUCAACUGGACGACCUUCACCUACUUCUAUCGCCGGCUUUUGGCAAAUCCAAGCUACUACAGCCUUACAAACACAUCGCACGAGGGCCUCAGCACGCACUUGUCUGACCUUGUUGAAACCACUUUGAAGGACUUGGCAGAGUUCAAGAUCAUUGAUUUAGAUGAAGAAGAUGACUCCGUGACACCUUUAAAUGCUGCUAUGAUCGCUGCAUACUACAACAUCUCUUAUAUUACUAUGCAAACCUUCUUACUGUCACUCACUGGGCGGACAAAGUUGAAGGGUAUUCUAGAGAUCAUAACAUCAGCAACCGAGUUUGAAUCCAUUCCGAUCAGAAGACACGAAGAUAGUCUUAUCCGACGCGUCUAUGAUCGAAUUCCAGUCAAGAUGGCCCAGCCCAGUUACGACUCGCCCCACUUCAAGGCGUUUGUGCUCCUUCAAGCACAUUUCUCAAGGAUGCAACUUCCCAUCGAUCUGGCGAAGGAUCAGGAAAUCAUUUUAACAAAGGUUCUCAGCUUGCUUAGCGCCACGGUUGAUAUCUUGUCUUCUGACGGCCAUAUCAACGCCAUGAACGCAAUGGAGAUGUCUCAAAUGGUUGUGCAGGCCAUGUGGGAUCGUGAUAGUCCUCUAAGGCAGAUCCCUAAUUUUACUCCGGAGGUUGUCAAGGCUGCCAAUGACUUUGGUAUAAAGGACGUAUUUGAAUUCAUGGAGGCUAUGGACCCUUCCGAAAACCCCAACUACGAAGCUCUCAUCAAGCGACUGGGUCUGUCGCAAUCUCAGUUGGGACAAGCAGCCAGUUUCACGAACAAUAAAUACCCGAAUAUUGAACUUGACUUCGAGGUUGAGGAUCCGGACGAGAUUACCGCCGGAGCGCCUUCGUAUCUCAAGGUUAAGAUCACACGAGAAGUGGAUGACGAGGAUGAGUCGACGGAUGUGGACACAACUGUUCACGCGCCAUUCUAUCCAGUGAAGAAAAUGGAGAAUUGGUGGCUGGUUGUCGGCGAGGAGAGCUCAAAGACCCUGCUCGCGAUCAAGCGCAUCACAAUAGGAAGGUCUUUGAACGUAAAACUGGAAUACACCGUCCCGACACCUGGAGAGCAUGAGCUCAAGCUAUUCCUCAUGAGCGACAGUUAUAGUGGGGUCGAUCAAGAUCCGAGCUUUUCUGUUACUGUGGCCGAAGGCAUGGAGGAAGAUGACGAGGAAUCGGGCGAAGAACCGAAUAUCAGGGAGUGUUUAGAACAGGAGAUACAAGACGAGACGCCUUCCAAUGGGAUCCCUUCCCUUCCCUUGGCUGUCAGUGAUUGUGUUGCCGGUAGCACGGGCAGGCGCAGAGCACCCAGCGAUUUGUGA